AUGGAGCCGGCAGACGCGGACAGCAAAGAGGAGCAAGCGCCCCAGGGUGCGGCCCAGAGGCUCACGGAGGACGCGAGGAGCCCUUGCGGCUCCCAGGUUCCCCAGGCCUCGGGCGACUCCUCGCAAGCGGCCACGUGCUCCCGCGAGCCCCCUGGGCAGCUCCUGCAGCUGCGGCCCCUGUGUGGCAGUGGCCCAGGAGCUGCAGGAACUGAUGCUGCUGCUCUGGGAUGGCAAGGGGACGGGAAAGCCCAGAAGUCCAAAUGGGAGCCCAGCCCGAUGCAGGGGAGCCGUCUCAGGAGAAGCUGGCGGGAGCAGCAAGCGUCCUGGAGCCGGCAGUGGUCAUCCCACAGCGGCCAGGACGCUGUGCCGGUUGUGCCAGCUGGCGACAGCCCGAGCCUGGUGGUGGAGACCAGCCUCCAGACACCAAGGAGGUUCCUCCAUCUCCAGGAAGCUGCCCCAAGAGAGCCCUCGACUGCCAGGAAGGGCUUUCUAAUAGCAGCUGCUCCUGGGACGCCCCUGUGUGAAGCCUCGGGCUGUAGCCCCGGCCCUCGUCAAGAGGAGAGUCCAGCCCACGACGCCGGGGACGACGACGGUGCCGCCCUGCCCCGCUGCACUGGGGCUCCUGCAGCCGCCUGUGCGCGCGGCCCUGGCCCAGCUCUGCCGCUCGCCGGCCCGUCGGCCGCCGGGCGGCGGCCACUGCCCGGCGCGCAGCAGGAAGCAGGGCAAAAGAAGCAGCUGCAGGAGCUGUACCAGCUGGGCCCGCAGCUGGGCAGCGGUGGCUUCGGCACCGUUUUCUCGGGCAUCCGCCUCUCCGAUGGGAGCCCGGUGGCCAUCAAACGUGUGGCCCGGGAGAGCGUCCUGCAGUGGGUCGAGCUGCCCGACGGCACCCGCGUGCCCAUGGAGAUCGUGCUUAUGGAGAAGGUGGGCUCUGACUGCCACAACAUCAUCCAGCUCCUCGACUGGUUUGAGCUGCCUGACAGCUUUGUGCUGGUGAUGGAGCGUCCGGAGGCAUCGCAGGAUCUCCUGCAGUUCCUGCAGGAGCACGAGUUCCUGUGCGAGGAGAUGGCGCGCUGGCUUUUCUACCAGGUGCUGGAGGCCGUGCGGCACUGCACCGCCUGCGGCGUCCUGCACCGGGACAUCAAGCCAGAGAACCUCCUCGUGGUCCCGGAGAGUGGCGACCUGAAGCUCAUCGACUUCGUCAUCUCUAGGAAUAAAAGCAAAACCACGUUCAUUUUUAUCAACUAG